GAGAAACAAAAGAGGAAAAAGAAAAAGAAAUUAAAACGACGGUGAAAAAUCUGGAGAGGGUUUUCUUAUAUAUAAUCCCCCCUUCGCCUUCCUUGUUCGUAUUCUCGCGACUGACAAAAGACACAGAGCGUCGUUAUAUACUUUCAAUCCAGAUCCGAUUGUGAGAGAGAGAGAGAGAGAGGCAGGUCACGGCGGAUAAGAUGAGCAGCAGCAGCAGCAUCAAGGUCGUUGUCGGCGGCGGCGGAGGGAGAAAGGGCAAUAAUGGAAUGAACGAUAUUCCGUCAGGGUCUAGGAAAAUAGUACAGAGCUUGAAGGAAGUCGUCAACUCUCCCGAGGCUGAGAUCUACGCUAUGCUCAAAGAAUGCAAUAUGGAUCCUAACGAAGCCGUUCAUCGCCUCCUCUCUCAAGAUCCUUUUCACGAGGUGAAGAGCAAAAAAGAGAAGAAGAAAGAGACAAGGGAUAUACCGGAUUCCCGGCCGCGUGGUGCUAAUAACAGAUACAACAGCGGUGGCAGAGGUGGUUCUGAUCGCUAUGCUGGACGAAGUGCAUCUACCCAUCUCAGCUCCGCUGAUUCUGGAAACUUCCAGGGGAAAUCUACAAACAAGAAAGAAAGUGGAACUCAGGGUUACACUAGUUCUUGGUCUUCUGCCUCUGGAGUGCCAAACCACCAGCUGACACCACUCAGUGAUUCUGUUGUAACGGAAAAUAAAUUGCCAUCUGCUACCGGCGAUGGAAUAUCACCAUCACAGCCUGCUUCUGGACAUCAAACUGCAUGGUUUGGGGCUCCAGGCCAGAUGUCUAUGGCUGACAUUGUGAAGAUGGGUAGACCACAGAACAAGACAACAAACUCAAAACAGAAUUUCAAUAUGCGUUCUGAGAUUAAUCACGAGCAUGAAACUAAUGCAAACCACCAGGUCCCUGUUAAAGAAGAGUGGCCAUCGAUUCAGAAGCCACUAGCUCCUGGUAAAACUGUAUCAGUAGCACCAGCAGAGUCAGAGGUAUGCGACGGUCAAGCUGAUUUCCAAUCCGCUAGAGUAGAUCAGCAUCUGAGCGACCGGUUAGAAAACAUACAUUUAGCAGAAAGUGGCCCUUCUGAGAAUCUUGGAGUCGAUCAACUGCAACCUAACUCGGUUCCUGUUAAAAAUGUCCAAGAAGAUGACUCUGGAGUUUCGUCUGAAUUUAACGAGAAUCAGUACGCAUAUCAGGCGCAGAGCCAUCCUGUAGAGCACCACAAAGAUGAAGAUGAGGUUUCAUCUGGUUCGGAUGACCUUCAACAACUAACAGUAGAUAGUCAUGAUCAAGCAGCCUCGCAUGAAGAGGAUAGACGUGCUGUCGUUAUUCCUAAUCAUUUGCUUAUCCAUACAGAAGAAUGCUCACAAUUAAGUUUUGGAAGUUUUGGAGCUUUUGGAUCAAAGUCUGUGAGCAACAACGCAGAAGAGACUCCUGAUGUAGCUCAACAAAUUGAACAUUCAGAUGCAAGAAACACUGAGUUCUAUGGAGAUGAACAUCUUGAAAGCACGGUCAAUGGAAAUAUGGGCCACGCAGCUGCUGCUGGAAGUUAUGAUGAUUCUUUAGAAUCUAGGCAAGAGAACCCCGAGACUGUCCAGGAGCAUCAGUAUACAUAUGCUCAGUCACAGACACAUGCACAGAAUCAGACGCAGAACCCCGAGACUGUUCAGGAGCACCAGUACGCAUUUGCUCAGUCUGAGCCAGGGUACUCUAAGCAGCAGCAGCAGCAGCUGAAUACUGCGUAUGAUGCGUCACAGACACAUGCACAGAAUCUUGCUUCGUUAUCGAAUGUGAUGGGGUAUGCACACUCAGUUCCCAACAGUUUAUUGGGGCAAACUGCACAAAAUGCGAGGGAGCUUGAUUUCCAGUAUUCCCCUUUUGCACAGUCUAUGCAGUCAAGAAACAACAACAAUGCUUCAUCACUUGGUGGCCAAAGCAUUUCCAUGCCUGAGGCGCUACGAGGCAGUGGAGUUCCAGCAACACAGCCAACGCAGCAAAACUUACCAGGUGCUAAUAUCGCAACUGGACCAGCUCUUCCUCAACAACAGCUUCCAAUGCAUCCUUACUCUCAACCCACAAUGCCGCUAGCGCACUUUGCAAACAUGAUCAGUUACCCUAUGAUGCCUCAGAACUAUCCAUACAUGCCAUCCGCUUUCCAGCAAGCGUUUGCUAGUAACAGCUCAUACCACCAGCAACAACUAGCUGCGUUGCUUCCUCAGUACAAAGCCAAUCUCUCUCCCAGUAAUUUGCCUCAGUCUGGAACAGCUCCUGCUUCCGCUUACGGAUUUGGAAACUCCACCAGCGUUGGAUCCGCUGGAAACUUCCCUCUUAACCAACAGUCUGCUCCUACUGGUUAUGAAGAUGUUUUGAGUUCUCAGUACAAAGAGAACAGUCAUCUGUUGGCACUCCAGCAGCAGCAACAACAGCAGCAGCAGCAGAAUGAUAAUUCGGCGAUGUGGCAUCACGGCCAUGGUUCUCGAACCAUGUCAGGUGUUCCGGCUAACGCGUACUACAACCUCCAACAACAGCAGCAGCUACAACAAGCUCAGCAAGCAGCAGGAGGGUAUCGCCAAGCUCAGCAACAACAGCAGUAUGGGUCUCAUGGCUACCCUAAUUUCUAUCAGUCCCAAACAGAAAUGUCGCACGAGCGCCAGCAGCAAAACCCUAGAGACGGUGCAGGAGCUCAGCCCUCGAACCAAACCCAGCAGCAGCUGUGGCAAAACUCUUACUAAAAUAAAAGAAAGUUGAGUGAUUUUCUUUAGCUCCUUUCUGUCUGUUAUAGAGAGGGUUUGUGUGGCGAGGCUGAAGAGGAAAUGGAUAUGUUCUGAAUGUAUUUACUAUAAUCAUCUCAUCCUUUUUGUCUCCUUUGUAACUUAGCAAAACUUCCCUUUAACCGGUCUCGUCGUCUUUUCAUGUCCUCGGUGUUUAAACGUUUUGUUAAAGAUCUUCUAGCUUUGGGCUUAACAACACCUUUGAUAUUCA